AUGUCGACCUCCAAAAGCCCCACGUUCCUUGUCACGGGCGCAUUGUCCGGUCUCGGCCGCGCCUUCUUCGAGCACUUUGCUGCAGGAUCACGCGAGGGGCUGUCUCAUGGUCACAUCUCCGAGUUCAAAGUCAUCGGCAUCGAUAGGGAGCCCUGGCCCGGUCAAGACGGGAAGCCCCAGCCUAGCCAUGUCCACGGCCCCCGAUCCGUCUACGUGCAGGUGGACGUCACCUCGCCACCAGACGAGCUCGAUGCCUUCACGCGCAAGUGGAUAGGCGAAGACACGCCGCUGUGCCUCGUCAUCCACAGCGCAGGCGUGCGCGGCCUGGUCCCCGGGGUGAAGCUCACCAAGUCGGACGACGUAGCGGCGGCGGAGACGCUGGAUGUCAUGGACGCGGCGACGAUGAUGAAGACGUUCGAGAUCAACGUCCUGGGCACGUUCAACAUCAUCACCGCCGUGCUGCCGAACCUCCGGCUGGCUGUGCAGCAGGGGCUCCACCCCCGUGUGGCAGUCAUGUCGUCGCGUAAUGGGAGUGUGGCCGCCAACAAAACUGGUGGCGCCUAUGCGUACCGCGCGUCCAAGGCGGCUCUGAAUGCCAUGGUUAGAAGCAUGAGCAUUGAUGUUCCAGAGGUCUGCUUCGGGCUGCUUCAUCCCGGGAGGGUGGAGACGGGCCUGGUGAGCGUCAAGGAAGAUGGGGCUAUGACUUGUGAGGAGAGCUUGGAGGGCAUGCUAGUUGUAUUGGACCGUUUGGGAGAAGGUCACUUGAAGAGUGGCUGUUUCGUGGAUCGCUUCGGCGUGGAAAUCCCAUGGUAG